AUGGGUUUAUUUGAAGGAAUUUCGAGAUUUGUUCUCAUAUCAACAAUUUUGACUGCUGUUGGAUUUCUUGUACAUUUGAUCAGUUAUGGAGCACCAUACUGGUUAAAAAGUGGUGAAUUUCAUGUAGGACUUUGGAAAUUAUGUAUUGGCAGCCAGUGUUAUAACACAGUUAGCAAGACUUUCAAAGAUCUAUUUGUAGCAUACGAAGGAUGGUUAGCGGCAGUUCAAGCCUUUGAGACACUUGCCUUUCUAGCCAGUCUAGCAACGAUAGCAGUUAUAGGACUAAGAUUUACAGUCAUGAAAGAACAGAAGAUAUUGCAAAUUGGCAUCUUUAUAUUUCAGUUUGCUUCAGUUGGUCUUAUCCUUCUUGGUGUAAUCAUAUUUGGUGCCAAAAGUCCUUCAUCUAGCUAUGGAUAUGCAUUUGUUUUUGAGAUUAUAUCUGCAAUCAUAUUUCUUAUUGCUGGAGUCUUCAGUUUCAUGGAUUGGAGAGGCACUUCUGUACCUGCUUAA